ACCACUUCCGGUUUGUGACGCUGCGCCCCGGUGUGUUUGGCCACAUGUUUCAGAAGUGUGUUGAUAUUUUCUGUCAGUCUUUAUUGUGUCUUUUUGGAUAAUUUCAGAGACAGCUUCACGCUUUAUCCAUCAUGAUGGACCUCGCGGCUAAAGACUCGUACAUGCAGAAGUUUGCGAUUAAAGUCUUUUCUCAGCAAGAACAGGAGCCGAAGAAGAGACCGUUUGCUCAUUUCAAGGGUAAAAGUGAGACUGGUCCUCCAAAGAAGAAGAAGUGUAAAAAGAAAAGUUUUAAAGAUGAGAAGAAGCCUAAUCCCAAAUCCCUACAAAAGCCCUCUCCUUCAACGGCUGCACAGAAAGGCCCCCCCGCGGCAAAACAGCCAAAAACUCAAAUAAAUGGAUCUACAACGCCAGCGCCUAAAGGAGGAAUUGUACCGUCCAACUUCUCCACCGUCGAUGUUUUACGCAAGAGACUUCAUGAAAAAAUUGAGGAGUCCAGAGGGCAGGGAGCCCCGAAGAACGCAGCGUCAGAAGCCGUGCAGGCAAAGCGAGCAAAACGAAAGAUGGAACGGGAGCGCAAGAAGAGGAAGAGGAAAGAGUUUCGGCUGAAGAAACUGGCAGAAGAAAAUGCCCAAGAACCGCCGGCGGAGAUCAAAAAGGAACCUGAGCCGAGUCCCGCUGCGAGCAAAAGAAAUGUAUCAGCUAUCGUCUUCAACAAGGUGGACAUGGUGGAGGAGGAAUAUGUAGACAAAGAGAAGAAGAAGAAGCAGAAGAAGCAGAGCGUAAAGGGCCAGAUAACACCCCUGCUGGGGAAGAACUACAAGCAGCUGCUGGGCCGCGUCGAGGCUCGCAAAGCAAAAGUGAACCAGCUGAGGGAGAAGGAUGAGGAGAAAGCCAAAGAAAUGGAGAACAAGAUAAAGUGGACCAACGUGCUGUACAAGGCCGAAGGACUCAAAAUCAAAGAUGACGAGAACAUGCUGCGCUCCUCGUUAAAGAAGAAGGAGAAGAGGGGCGCCAAGAUAAAGAAGCAGUGGGGCGAGCGAAGCGAGAACAUUGUGGGGAAGAUGCAGAAAAGGCAGGACAAGAGACGGAAGAACAUCCAGAAACAGAAGAAGGCCAAAACGGAGAAGAAGAAGGAUAGAGCGAGGAAGAGAGGCAGAGUGCUGCCUGGGGACUUGAAAUGAGCAGCAGCGAGUUCGCUGUUUCAUAGGUUUAAAUAAUCUCUUUUUAUGGCAGUAUCAUUUGUAAACAUGAUACAUAAAACAUGUUGUACCUUCAUUCUUGUAAAGCAGUAGUAUGAUGUCUGUUGUGGUCAAUAAAAUGUGAUCUUCACAAGAUAGACAUGAAGGAAAACAUU